AUGCCAUUUGGUCUAUGCAAUGCUCCCUCCGCUUUCCAGGCAAUGAUCAAUGAUGUGCUAAAGGAACUACUGGAUGAAGGAGUAGUUGUCUAUAUUGAUGACAUCCUCAUCUACUCGGAGACUGAGAAAGAGCAUGAGCUAUUGGUCAAGAAGGUACUACAGAAGCUUAGGGAAGCUAAGCUCUGUGCCUCGAUCAGUAAGACAUCCUUCCAUGUCCGAGAAGUAGAAUACCUAGGCUAUCACAUCUCGGAAGAAGGAGUAUCUAUGUCAGAAGACAAGGUGGAGGCAGUUAAGGAAUGGCCGGUCCCUGAGAAUAUCAAGGCAGUACAGGCAUUCCUCGGAUUUGCAAACUUCUAUCGCCGCUUUAUUGAAGGCUUCAGUAAAGUUUGCAAACCAUUAACUGACCUCCUGCAAAAAGACAAGAAAUGGUAUUGGACGGCAGUACAUGAGCAGGCCUUUGAAGAACUCAAGAGGCUGUUCACAAGCGCUCCAAUCCUCCUUCAUUUUGACCUUAGUAGGAGAACAGUGGUCGAGACAGAUGCCAGUGAUUUUGCCAAGGGAGCGGUGCUCUCUCAGUAUGGGGAUGAUGGGAAGCUACAUCCGGUGGCAUUCUAUUCUAAGAAGUUCUCCCCUGCUGAGAUCAACUAUGACAUUCAUGAUAAGGAAAUGGGAGCUAUUGUAGCCUCUUUCCGGGAAUGGAAACACAUGCUCAAAUCUUGUGAGCAAGAGAUCACGGUUUUUACAGACCACAAGAACUUGGAGUACUUUAAUUCUACCAAGGUUCUCACUAGGCGGCAAGCUAGAUGGUCUGAAGACCUCGCAGGCUACAAUUUUAAAGUUGUCUACAAACCGGGAGAAAAGAAUGGCAAGACUGAUGUGCUAUCUAGGCGCUGGGAUCACCGCCUUGGAGAGGGAGGUGAAACUCUGCAGCCGGAGCCACAGAUCUUUUUUAGGCCAGGUCAAUUGGUUUUGGAUCCUGUAAAGCUAGCGGCUGUCAGGGUGAAUCAAUUGCAGAAUACAUUCUUAGAGCGCCUAUACACGGCUGCUAAAGAGGAUAGUUUCUGGCAGGAAUUGCACCGCUCCCUGGUUGAAAGGAAACCAAAUUUGGACCAGAACUUGUCGGUCAAGAACGGUCUCAUCUUCUAUAAGAAUAGAUGGUAUAUACCCAAAGACAAGAAGCUUCAGAUGGAAAUACUGUCCGAUACCCAUGACUCUAAGGUGGCGGGUCACUUUGGCCAAUUUAAGACACUUGAGCGGGUGAAAAACAACUUCUUUUGGCCCAACAUGGAUAAGGAUGUUGAGGAAUAUGUCCGGAGCUGUGACAGCUGCCAGAGGAAUAAGACCUCAAGACAUAAGAAGUUUGGUAUGCUCCAACCGUUGGAGAUGCCCUAUCGGCCAUGGACUUCCAUCUCUAUGGACUUCAUUGUGGGAUUACCGGAAUCUAGUGGGUUUACAAAAAUCUGGGUAAUAGUGGACCGCUUUUCGAAGAUGGCACACUACAUCCCUCUUCCUACCCUCAAUAAAACGGAAGAUUUGGCUAAGUUGUUCUUGAAGGAAGUUUGGAGACUCCAUGGUUUACCUGAUGACAUAGUCUCGGACAGAGAUAGCAGGUUCAUUUCUCACUUUUGGCAAUCUCUCAUGAGUCUCCUCAAUGUGAAGCUGAAGAUGUCCACUUCUUUCCACCCUCAAACGGACGGUCAAACAGAAAGAGUUAACCAGACCCUGGAACAUUACUUGCGGAGUUAUUGUUCAUAUCAACAGGAUGACUGGGCAGAACUCUUGCCUUUGGCAGAGUAUGCAUAUAACUCGGCAGUCUCUGAGUCUACCAAAGUAUCGGCUUUUUAUGCCAACUAUGGAUAUGAACCCAGAACCAACUGGCCGGCCCCAAGGGAAGGAGUAGAAUGGAACAAUCCAGCGAGCGAGGUCAUGAUAUCUCAAUGGGAAUCUAUCUGGCAGGCUAUGAAUGCCAGCUUGGGUAAAGCUAGAUUAAGGAUGGCCCGAUGGUAUGAUGUUCAUGCCCUGGCACCGCCUGAAAUCAAGCCCGGAGAUGAAGUGAUAUUGGACCGGCGCAAUGUGCAAACAAAGCGGCCUUUGGGAAAACUGGAUCAGAAGAAGAUGGGACCCUUUAAGGUCUUAGAAGCUAUUGGUACCCAUGCCUACAGGCUCUCUCUUCCCCCCCAAAUGGGAAUCCACCCGGUCUUUCAUGUCUCUCUUCUGGAACCUUACCGAGCACCGGUAGAUCCUGAGAGAAGAGUUCCUGUACCGGAGCCCGAAGAGAUUGAAGGAGAACAGAACUGGGUUGUCCGAGAGGUAGCUGAUAGCCGGGUCAAUAAGAAAAGGAGACGAGUGGAAUACCUAGUGCUGUGGGAAGGUUAUGAAAACGAGGAUGCUACAUGGGAACCUUGGGAGCAUCUCAAGAAGAGUGCUGAAGAAGCCCUUCGGGAUUUCCAUAUGAGGUAUCCUAAGAAACCCAAGGACAAGCGGAUUGUUGGGGUGUAG